CCCUUAGCGCUAGUCAACCAUUUUCUCCCGGAGGCAUACAACCUCCACCUCACGCUCGUCGCGACCAAGCCCAAUUUCACAGGGAAGCUCGUGGCACACUUCGCGCGCAACAGCCUCUACGUGUACGACGAGCCCGAGCCCGUGGUGCUCCAGUUGCACGCGCACAACUUGGUGAUUACCAGUGCAGUCGCCGCGUGUGACGGACUCACGGACCGCGCGCAGGUCACCUAUGACAAGGCGGCGCAGAUCGCAACGUUGACGCUCCCUAGCGUGUUCAGCGCGCUCCCCGCAUUCAACAUGACCCUUGACUACAUUGGCAAGACCAAUCAGAUCGGUACCUACCAGGAUCCCACCCAUGGUGUGUUCAAAACCAACUACUUGGACUCCAAGACCGGGCGCGCGUCCAACGCGAUCAUUGCGACGCACACGCAGCCCGUGUUCGCCCGCACCAUAUUCCCGUGCAUCGACGAGGUCAACUACAAGCAACCAAUCACUUUAACCGUGACAACCGAUGCACGUUUCCAGGUCAUUUCCAAUACCGGAGUACGCGACACGGUAGUCGCGGCAGACGGCCUCACCAAGACCGUGUCAUUUAAGCGGACCCCACCAAUAGCGACCACCGUGUUUGGCCUUGUCGCGGGUGACUUGGAGUAUUCCAUACUUCCGAAACUUUUCACUUCGGUGGACGCACGUCCCUCCACCCUUCCGGUGCGUGUGUAUACACUUGUGGGAGAACUGGCGGCUGCAACGUACGCGUUGUCCGUGGCGGCAGCCGUAUUGCCAAAGCUCGUAGAGAUGUUCCAACAGCCGUAUCCUCUUGACAAGCUCGACUUUGUAGCGUUGCCGUUCUUGUCGGACGGCGCGAUGGAAAACUGGGGCUGCGUGACGGUGCAGGCGCAACAUCUUCUCACACAUGACGCCACGCACAAGGCCAUUCGCGACAUUGUGGCGCACGAGCUCGUGCACCAGUGGAUGGGCAAUAUGGUAUCGUUCGACUCGUGGGGAGACUUGUGGUUGAACGAGGCGUUCGCAACGUGGCUCGGCACACAGGUCUUGGGUACGGACGACACGUACAACUGGCUGCUGCGCAUGCACGAAAUGGAAGCUUUGAUGGACCACGACGCGCGCCCGGACGCGCGCUCCAUCCACCAGAGUCGCUGUGUGCACAGCGUCCAUACCACACACGACGCAUUGGACCCACACGCGUACCAGCGCGGCAUCUACGCGUUACGCAUGCUCGCCAACUUGAUGCAGCGUGGCGUUUCCGACGACUGCUCGGUGAUGAUGCGCGGUGUUUCCAAGUUUUUGGCGGCCAACCGCUUCAAGUCUGUCAAACUGACAGACUUGUGGACCGCAUUGCACCCAAUGUGCGGCGACGAUGUCCUCGCGUUGAUGCACACCGCGACACGCGUCCCGGGGCUCCCCGUGGUGCACGUGGCGGUGCAGGAGGACAAGGUGGUUGCGGAGCAGCACCGCUUCCUCGGGGACUAUUCCGCGGAGGAGUUGGACUUGGAGGACGUGCCAUACUAUCUUCCGUUGAACGUACGCUUGCACGACGGUAGUGUGGUGAACUGGGCGCUCAGCGACCGCAAGACGGUGUUGGACGUGCGUGCGGAGGACAUCGCGACGUUCAACACGAACCGCACGGGCUACUACCGUGUGCGAUACACGCGCGCACUCUGUGGCCCCGUCACACAGGCUAUCGCGUGCGGCAUGCUCAGCAUCGCAGACUUAAUCGCGCUCGCCAGUGAUUGCUCCACCUAUAUUGGCUGGCGCUUCCAGACCGCAGACGAUUUGUGGAUGUUCAUGAGCGUGGUAAAUGCGAUGGCCGCACCAGACCACGUGCUCUGCUGGUCCGCCUUGAACAUUGCCUUGAGUUCUGUGCAAGAGCUCCACAAGUCGUUGCGCCAGUUUGGGGGGAGCGAGGUUUUGGCCGCGUUUAACCGGUGGGUAGCCGACUUUACCGAUAAAAUGCACGCGAAAAUCAACUGGAACACGGCUUACGACUUAUCAGACUCCAGGGAGGUGUACACGGACGAGUUAGAGGCGCGCAGUGCGUUGAUGCUUAUGGGCAUGAAGAGCGAAAAGUACCAGGCGGUAGCCCAAGGUCUCUACAAAAACCUUGUCCACGGACCCGACAGAUCCGUUCCGCGCCAGUUAUUGGCUGCAACCAUUGGCGUGACAUGCCACACCGCUUCCACGACGGAAUACAACCAUAUCGUUGCGAUGAUUAAGUCUGCGGUAGAUGUCGCACCGCACACCAACGCGUCCGUGCACGAGGUGCAAACAGCCGUGCUUUCGUGCAUGGGAUACGCUGCGCGCGACGAGCUUGUUACCGCGACGCUCGACUUUGUCGCGGCACACAUCGAUGCCACUCUCAUCGAGCUCGCGCUUGUGGGGCUCCAGUCGGGCGGCUCCAAAGCCUGGCACAGAGUUUGGGACUGGUUUGUCUCGCACUACGACGAAUGG